UUGCGAGGGUCUCCUGAUAUCUGAAAUUAAACAGUGGGGAAUGAAUUUCGGCGAACACGAAACUAUGUGUGAUUUAGGCCGAUAACAAUUGGUGUAUACCUGUAUUAGUUGACCAGGUGAGAACAGAGAAUGGUUUAUCCGAGUCUUGAUUGGGGCAUAUAUCUCAUUACACAGACCCACUGUUGGAGGGAAAUAGAACUUCUAAAACUUUUAGUGACUAAAAACGACCACAUCACUGCGGCCAGGCAAAUCGCUAAGAAACUGUUGAUCUACACAGUAGUUUGGCGAUAUUUAAACUUACACUGAUUGAUGUUACAGGUGGGUGCUGAAAACCCCAUUCGAUGUUUGGGAAGUUAAGUGAUAAUUCUCGCUUGCUUUAGAACCAGGAAUAGCAGAAUACGGAGCGAAAACGUCUUUAUGGAAAAACAGUAGCGAACAGGUUUUCGAGGAACGAUUUCAAGAUGGAUCCCGUAUUUGGACUUCCGGUUGUAAAAGAAUCACGGGCAAUGGAAAGUGCAAGGAACCGGAAUAGGACACAACAGCGCCGCCUAGGUUCUCAGUUAACGAAGUUACACUACAAAUUAGAGUGUAGUACGUCACGCAUUUUACAGCAUAAAAACAUUGCACGGGAUCUCUGGAAUACCAUUCAACCUCCCACUCCAAACAAAAAUGUCGUCUGCCCAUCUGGUCUCACUAACCAGGAAAAGUCGGUUUACAAACACAUGCGGAAGUCUGGUCCUCUCAGUAUGUCGCUCGAAGAGUUUGAUAAAAAGAUGGAGGAGUUAAAAUAUAUAAGUGCACAGAGCAGGCAAACGGAUAAAGUUGAAAAUCCGCCAAAGAGGAGGCGUAGGAAUAGUGAGGUGGUAACCGGGAGUACAAGGCGUGGUAGUAUCGUACCGGAUGAGGAUCAGAUUCGCUCCCCACUCCUCAACAGGAAACAUAAGAUGAAGGAGGCCCUGGGACGCUUGGAGACGUCCGAUGUUCGUGUCAAGGACCAGAACAUAACUGAUCAGUACAAAUCAACCUCGCGCAGGCACAGUUCUAUACUUCCGUCCCUCCCAGGCGGAAGUAGAAACGGUGCUUCCGAUACAAACAGGAAUCAUUCCAGUACCUCUUUUCAACGGAGACGAAGCUCCGUAGCUGUGGUUUCUUUGGAAACUCCUCGAAAUGAACGGUUAGUAAGCUCGUCAUCAGACGAAGGAAAACAAACCAUGGAAGAUGUGAAAACUCUCAUGGGACAAUUGGCGAUAAAUUUGACGUGAACGUUUUUGUGAGAUCAACUGACACAUAUUUACCGAAUAUAUAAUGGCAAACCGUCUGCAUAUGUCUUUACGAACGGUCCAAUGUAUUUUGCAUCGGUUAUAAAAUGUUAAGACAUCGCUAUCAAUAUUAACAGAAUAUGGAAGUAAAUUAACGCUGACAUCCCACUUGGUACAUUACAGAUUGAGUGUUAAUAGGUCUUUAAUUCGAAAUCUCUCAAAUGGUUCUUAGCAUUCAUGUACACGAUCGUAUCAGGUUGUGUGUGUUAUAAGUCGGUGCUUCUUAACAUACAUAUACACGAUCGUAUCUGUUUUCGUAUGUCAUAAGUCGGUGGUACUUAACAUAUAUGUCCACGAUCGUAUCAAGCUGUGUGUGUUAUAAGUCGGUAGUCCUUAUAAACUUAACAUAUAUGUAAACGAUCGUAUCUGAUUUUGUAUGCCUAAGUCAGUGGUUCUUAACACAUAUGUAAACGAUGUAUCUGAUUUUGUAUGUCAUCAGUCUGUGGUACUUAACAUAUAUGUACACAAUCGUAUCUGGCUGUGUAUGUCAUCAGUCGGUGGUAUGAUUUUGUAUGCCCAAGUCAGUGGUUCUUAACAUAAUAUGUAAACGAUCGUAUCUGAUUUCGUAUGUCAUAAGUCGGUGGUUCUUUACAUACAUGGAUACUAUCGUACUUAGUUGUGUAUGUAAUAAGCCUGUAGUUCUUCACUUAUCUGUAGGUGGUUGUACCCGGUGGUGUACGUCAUAUGUCGGUGGUUCUUAAUAAAAAUGUA